AUGGGGAAAUCCUCCAAAGACAAGCGAGACGCCUACUAUCGCCUGGCAAAGGAACAAAAUUGGCGUGCCCGUUCCGCCUUCAAACUGAUUCAGAUUGAUGAACAAUUCGACCUUUUCGAACAUGAGAAUCCCGAAAAAGUAACCCGAGUCGUUGAUCUUUGUGCUGCUCCAGGCAGUUGGAGUCAGGUACUGAGUCGAGUCCUCAUCAAGGGAGAGAGUUUCGGCAGACGGGCAUGGAUCGAGAAGAAGCGCAAAGAGCGGGAAGCGCUGAGAAGGAUAGACAAUGCAGUCGAAGGGCAGGAAACGGUCCCAGAAGAGGAGAUGGAGGGGACAGCCGAGCUCAAACCCCGAAAGAACGUGAAAAUCGUCUCAAUUGACCUUCAACCUAUGGCCCCGUUGGAAGGCAUCACCACUCUUCAAGCCGACAUCACACAUCCCUCCACGAUCCCUCUUCUUCUUCGCGCUCUCGAUCCCGAAGCCUACAACUCAGCGGAUCCCUCUCCCUCUGAGCUUCAACAGCCCCAUCCGGUUGACCUAGUCAUCUCCGAUGGCGCUCCAGACGUAACCGGCCUGCACGAUCUGGACAUCUACAUUCAGUCGCAGCUGCUCUACUCGGCACUGAAUCUGGCGCUGGGCGUACUACGACCAGGAGGCAAAUUCGUAGCCAAGAUCUUCCGCGGCCGCGACGUCGACCUCCUCUACGCCCAGCUCCGCACGGUGUUCGAGAAAGUGAGUGUCGCGAAGCCGAGAAGCAGCCGCGCAAGCAGUUUGGAAGCAUUCGUCGUCUGCGAGGGUUUCAUUCCUCCAGCGAUCCACGACGGCUCUGUUGGUAUGGAGGCAUUGAAAAAUCCUCUCUUUGGCGGUGCGGCUGUGCCACAGCCUGUAUCAGCAGAUGGCAAUAUCGGAGUAGAGGUACCCGAGGAAAAUCGUGAGCCGCCCAGAGUACCAACCGUCCUCGCGCCAGCAGAGAGUAUCUCUAAACCAGAUUCGAAUCACGAAACGCAAACCCGCUUACUUCACCCAACUCCACCGACUUCAUCUUCGACGGGCAGCCAAGCCGCGCCUCAGAGGUUCGCUCUUGAGAACCGGUGGAUCCCCCCGUUCAUUGCAUGCGGUGAUCUAUCCUCCUGGGAUUCAGAUGCGUCAUACUCACUACCUCCCGAUCAUGUCAGUCUGGACCCUGUUCAGCCGCCUACAGCACCGCCCUAUCGGCGGGCUUUGGAGCUGCGGAAAGAAAAAGGAGGUGCAUACGGCAAGACGAAGUUGGGGGCUGUGGGACGGGCAUGA